GAGUUCUCGCCGUUCCCUUGAUGACGUUACGGAGAUUCUUCUCAUCCGUCACAGAGAAGCAUCCAGUUGAGUCGCAGGUCAACAACAACUCCACUCAGAACUCCAUCACAGAGGAACAGAGAGCCGAGGCCGAGAUCCUGAAAACCGACGGAAACGACCAAAUGAAAGUGGAGAACUUCUCAGCCGCUGUUGAGUUUUACUCGAAGGCCAUCGCCAUAAACCCUCAGAACGCCGUCUAUUACUGCAACAGGGCCGCAGCGUACAGUAAACUGGGGAACUACGCCGGAGCGGUGCAAGACUGCGAACAGGCCAUCAGCAUCGACCCGAACUACAGCAAAGCCUACGGGAGGAUGGGUUUGGCUCUGGCCAGCCUCAACAAACACACAGAAGCAGCCAGUUAUUAUAAGAAAGCUCUGGAGCUCGACCCCGACAACGACACCUACAAAACCAACCUGAAGAUCGCAGAGGAGAAGAUGGAGACCUCCAGUCCAACAGCGGGGAUGGGUGGAGUCGAUCUGGCCGGUCUCCUCAGUAAUCCCGGCUUCAUGAACAUGGCGUCCUCGCUGAUGAACAACCCUCAGGUUCAGCAGCUGAUGUCGGGGAUGAUGUCAGGAGCGUACGGCGGGGUGGGAGGAGGCGGAGGAGGAGGUGGAUUAGGAGGACUAGGUGCAGGACUAGGAGGAGGACUGGGAGGAGGACUGGGAGCAGGACUUGGUGGAGGAGGAGUAGGAGGAGGACUGGGAGCAGGACUUGGUGGAGGAGGAGUAGGAAGUGCCAGCCCCGGAGCCGCUGAGUGCUGCUGGACCAGCCGAGCCGCCGGACCUACGGACGCCGGACCCGCUGGAGCCGGAGAUUUAUCAGGACUGAUCAGCGUACGUACCCCAGACCAACAUUCUGACGUCGGUGGGCUGAACGUUGAACUGAAGUUAUGUGUGAGUGAGGAGGUGCAGGGGGAGUUCAUGGCUUCAGUAAAGAUGCUGCAUAUUUCUUUCUCCACAGGAGGUGCAGAGAAACUGAAGAGGCAGGGAGAUGCAUGGGGAGGAGAUGAAGAGAGAAAAGAGAAGGUGGAUGCAGAAGAGAUGAGGAGGAGGUGA